GCCGGAACGUAGAUCUACGCGUGGGAUGUUUCGUCAUUAAUAAAAGUUUUUGGAUAAAAACAUACAGAAUCCAUCGAUAUUUUUAUGUUCUUACUGUAUAGGUUUUACAUUUUAGAAAUAUGUACGUAUUAAUGGCUUAUUAUUUCGUUGUAGAAACAUGGGUGUCAUAAUAGAUGUUGAUAAAUAUUUAAAUUAUAAUGACUACAAUUUAUGUGCACACGAAUGCAAAUGGCCGUGGAACAUAACUCAUUUUAUCAAGCGAAAUAAAUGUUUCAACUGCAAUAUGCAAACAAACAUGACUGCACCACCACAUUUCAUUCUUCAUAAUGAGAAUCAAAAUAUAAGACGAUUGUUGCGAACAAGUUACUUUUGGUGUAAAUAUUGUAAUUUUGCAGUAUAUGAGCACUACAUAAGCGAGGAAUGCGAAUUUUGUCUAUAAUUUAAGUUUACCUAACGCGAAAUAAUGAUUGCAAGAAAUAAAUUAAAUUAAUGUAAGGUUAAUCCUUCAAUAAGCUAUAUUGAGAUUGUUCUUAUAAUAAAAACACAUGGUUACCUUGUAAUUACACUUUUAUUGCUCCUUGUUCGUAGAAAAACUCCACAAUCA